AUGUUACAGGCAACUGUCAUAAUGAAAUUUCUCGUGGUGUUCGCGUCGUGCGUGCUCGUCGUCAGCGCCGGCGUCACUGAAAUGUCCGCGGAAAGCAUGAGCAGUUCUAACAAAGAACUCGAGGAAAAACUGUACAACAGCAUCAUCACCGGUGACUACGACAGCGCUGUCCGUCAGAGCUUGGAAUACGAGAACCAAGGCAAGGGCUCCAUCAUCCAGAAUGUAGUUGAUAGACUGAUCAUUGACAAGAGUCGGAACACCAUGGAGUACUGCUACAAGCUGUGGGUCGGCAACGGAGAGCACAUUGUCAGAAAGUACUUCCCCUAUAACUUUAGACUCAUCAUGGGAGGAAACUUCGUUAAACUCAUUUACAGAAACUACAACCUCGCUCUGAAGCUUGGCCCCAUUCUUGAUCCCGCGAACGAGAGACUUGCAUACGGCGAUGGUAAGGAAAAGAACAGCGACCUCAUCAGUUGGAAGUUCAUUAGCUUGUGGGAGAACAACAGAGUGUACUUCAAGAUCCACAACACUAAGUACAACCAGUACUUGAAACUAAGUUCGAUAACUGACUGCAAUACUCAGGACCGUGUUAUAUACGGCACCAACACCGCCGACACCACCAGGGAGCAGUGGUUCCUCCAGCCCGCGAAGUACGAAAACGACGUCCUGUUUUUUAUCUACAAUCGCGAGUACAAUGAUGCUUUGAAGCUCGGUAGGAUUGUGGACGCUUCGGGAGACCGUAUGGCAUUUGGACACGAUGGUGAAGUAGCUGGUCUCCCUGACAUCUUCUCCUGGUUCGUUACACCUUUCUAGACAAUCAGAGGUAACGCUUCAUGCUUAUGAAUAAUGAAAUAAAUGAUCGCUCUUAAGUUUUUUUGAUUUUUUUCUUUUCUUUUAUUUAUAAGCCAACAUUAACUUAGGUAUUUCCAUCUAAUAAUUAAUGUAUAUUUUUUAAAUAAAGAAAUGAUAUCCUGACGCACAUUGAUUCUGAUACAAUAGAUACAUAUCUUUCAAUAACUGACAUCCGCAUUACUUAUUAUUGCACCUAUGCUGACGAUACUGCUCUCGUAUUUCCGGCAGUUCUUGGGAAGCAGCUUUUAGUUUUGCUCAAUGUGGCCUGAACACCGUAACUGACUGGCUGUCUGAAAAUCUACUGGCACUGAACGUGAAUAAAACUAAGUACGUCACUUUUUCUCUGUCUCCUCGUGUUAAGACUAGAAGAUUGCACAAAGUG